CAAACAUGGCAAACAAUUCAAAAAACGUUUUAAGUUUGAGACAUCGUGAUAGUGACGACGACUUGACCGAUGAUGAAUGGGUGCCAUCGUUCGAUAGGAGAGUAGACCAAAAUUUUAUUACCAACCGGGCCGGCCAAGCGGUGCAGGAAAUCAUUAUUUUGAGCGACACAGUUUCCUCCGACAGAACCAUACGCCAGGAAAUAUCCGCAUCGUCGUUGCAAACAUCCAUUGUCGAGGGGCUUUUGGCAACAUCUCCGCAGAAAAAGCCUGCUGGGAGCACGAUUUUAGCGUCCAGCAGCACUUCGAUGGUACGCUCCAGCGACGAAGGACCUUCGGCAGCAUCUCCUCCGAAAAAGCGUGCUACGACUCCGAUCUUGGCAUUUAGCAGCACUUCGGUGGAACGCUCCGUCGACGAGGGAACUUCGCCACAAUUUCCAAAAAAUCGUGUUGAAAUCUUGGCCCGUCGACGAUGAGGGUCCAACCUUCCGCCCAACGAUCACAUCAACUCCAAGACGAAAUGACGGGCUGGAUGAUGUUGUUGAGUCGAUACGAGCGAAAGCGGCCCUCCAACACAUCCAGCUUGAAGAAUUCAAAAACGUCUGGUACGGCGAUUUUAAACAGUACGUGAGGAGAAAAGAAGCCGAAUUUAUUAACGAGGUGAGAUUUAGAGUCAAACAGCCAUGCAAAAUUUAGGUAAACUUAAUGACUAUCGCAAAGUACUGGAUGAAAUCGCCGAGGAGUUGACGGUAGAUAUUAACCAUAUGAAUGCCACCAUGGCAUAUAUGGAUGGUUUUGCGGAAGGCUUACCAGAGAAGAUGUUCAACUUACCAGAUGCUCCUCGACCCCGCCCCCCUCGGAUUGACUGAACGUGACAAACUUUUUUAGUGUUAGUGUUAGUUUAAAUUUAAUAUAGUUUUGUAAAUAUGUAUAUAUCUGUAUUAUAAGCAAAUUAUUAAA